GAUGACGUCAUGUAUCAGCAUGUGACCUCUGCACUAUCCACCUCACAGAUGAGGCUGCUGCUGCUGCCGGCCGGAACAUGGCGCUGUACAGGACGAGGAUGUGCUGGAAGGUAGCGAGCAGUCGGUGCAUGAGGCAGUGUGUGCUGAUGCAGUACCAGCCAUGCCACUUAUCAACAAGCCAGAAGCCACAAACUGUGUUCUCUCGUAUUGCUUCCAAAACCAAGUCUUUCAAUGCAAAAUAUGAACAGUUUUUGGAAAGAACCUUUCCAAACUUUUAUAUAUUAUAUUCCACUUUUAUGAAAGGCUUUCGAACGUUGUUGUCUGAAGGGAAAGAAGUAAGAACAAUCAUGAAGAAAAUAAACAGUCGGGGAUUAUGUUAUCACCAACUGCCAUACAGGGAAAUGGAGAAACUGAGGCAGUUCCGAAGAGAUAUUAUUAAAGCCCUCCCUGUGAUGAUCAUUUCAAUUCCGCCCUUUGCAAACUACUUUGUAUUUGUGUUGAUGUAUUUCUUCCCUCGACAGAUCCUAAUUCGGCAUUUUUGGACUGCAAAACAGCAAAAGGAGUUCUUGGACAUUAAUCACAAAAUGCGACAAGAAGUCUAUGCAGAUGUGCUGGAAAAUUUGCAACAAUCCGUGCCUAAGAUUACUGAGCAGCCUUUGCAAAAUCAGAUGUUCCAGCUGCUCACACAGGUGCAGCAUGGAGUUCACCCAAAGGUUACUGAUAUUGAAGUGGUCAGAGAAGCUUUCUCAGGUCCUCCUCUCUGUUUCUCCAGGCUUGAUGUCCAGCAAGUGAAAACUUUAAGUCGGAUCAUGUUCCUGACGCCGCACCUCCCAUCGUUCUAUCUUCAUGGCCGCCUCAGGUCACACAUUUUUGAAAUUCACUAUUUGGACAGCGCAAUGCUCCAACUUGGGGUCAAAGAACUCACGGAUGAGGAAGUACAGAGGGCAUGUUAUAUCAGAGGGCUGAAUUCCACUCACCUCAGUACAGAAGACUGCAGAGAAUGGUUACGCUGUUGGCUCCAGUUAUCUGACAAACUAACAGUGUCUGAGGCAUCCUUAUUGCUGCACAGUAUGGUCCUACUAUCCACCAACUACCUCCAGUCUUUAAAGAAGUGAUUAUCUGGGCAAUGGUCCUUCUACUCGUAGAGUUGCUCCUAGUAACGACCUAAGCCACAGAGCUUGAUGCGCUCAGGUUAUUUACAAAGUGCACUGAGUGGGGGAGUUAAGUUCUUCCUGUAUUUGAUGGGUGAUAUUCUCAAAAUACAUUGUGCAUUAUUAAAAUUGUUGUGAAAAACCGCUCUUUACCUGGAGAAAUAUUCAAAGGGAAAACACAUGGGGCGAUGUAUCAAACCUUGGAGAGAGAUAAAGUACCACCCAAUCAGCUUCUGUCAUUUUUCAAACAUAGGGGUGGAUUUAACAAAUAAUAAAUGGUGCUCCAGCCAAUCAGCUCCUAACUGUCAUGUGUCAUUUGUAACGAGUGGUAACAAGAAUAUCCCUCAUUGCUAAAUCUGCCCCACAGCCUGUAAAAUGACAGAAGCUGAUUGGUUGGUACUUGAACUAUCCAAGGUUUGACACAUCUCCACCUUUGAGAGAUGGGACCAAAUAAAGGAAGAAGUACUUAGUCAUUAUCAAAAUAACUUGAAGCUUAGUCAUUUGUUUCAUCAAUUAUUAAUGAACUGUAUAUCUGACCUUCACUUUAUUUUAUGAAUGUUGUUCUAAUGCUUGGGAUUGUGGUAAAAAGACUUUGGAAGAAAGAAAAGUUUGGGGCUUGUAUCUUGUCCAGACUUCAGUAAAGACCAACUUGUUUCCAAGAACUGACACCCAACAAUGUGCCGGAUAUGUUACUGCUGAGAAAUGGGGUACACUCCACAUACAGUGCAAAGGAUCCACUGACUGAUCUAUACAGCCACCGUCUAAUUAGAUAUAUCCCAGUUGUCUUUUGAUCCACUGUUGCCACUACACCAUCUAUUUCUUUGCCUGGGUCUCCUGACUCUGCAAGUAAGGCAAACCAACAGCACUUUCUAAACAAUCCAUCAAGUCAAUUAUUUUAGCUGUUUAGUAAAUAUUGCAAUUAACCUUCAGUUGGUAAAGGUUGUUUUUUUAUGUUUUCAUAUGUGGUUGUGUAUUUUAUUUCUGCUUGUGUUGGUGCAGUGUAUGUGUACAUAAUGUUUAAGAUUUAUAAAACAAGCUUUUUACACA